AUGGCUAAUGUCACUACACUCAAACCCGGUGAUUUAUUCCCGGAAAAUGUCACUUUCCAAAACCAGCGACAUAAAAUCUGCGGUAUACCGGCACCAUACCAUGCCUCUGACGAGUGGGCAAACAAAAAGGUGGUUCUUGUUUCCGUGCCAGGGGCUUUCAUGCGUACCUGUUCCGGUGCUCACCUACCAAGCUAUAUCAAGAAUCUGUCAAAAAUAAAAGAGAAAGGCGUUGACAUUGUUGCGUUUAUCGCUUACAAUGAUGCCUAUGUGAUGAGUGCACGGGGCAAGGCAAAUGAUGUGGAAGGCAAAGAUAUUCUAUUUCUAUCGGAUCCAAUGGCCAGUUUUUUGAAAAGUAUUGGUUGGUCAGAAGUAUUAGGCUUACGAGGACGGCGGUAUGCUAUUGUGGUUGAUCAUGGGAAAAUAGUCUUCGAGCAAAGGGAGAGUGGAAAGGGAACUAUUGAGGCGUCAGGGGCGGAAGCGGUUCUUCCAAUUUUGUAG